CGGCGCGCGCACAUUCACACACACACACACACACGCAGAGAGAGAGCGCGCGCACGGAUAGCAGCGUGUGUGCGGUGACCGACAACGCACGGCAAAUUUGUGGGCUCCCGAAUGUGAUUUAACCCGCGUCUCCUGGCAACCGGCCGGUCUGGAGGACCGCUAUCCGCCGGUUAAGCUCAGCUGCACCGGGACCGUGGUACAGUUCGCCUUUCAUUCCAUCAUUGAGCUUCGGUGUGGAGCUGAGUAGCGGCUUUAUUCAUUCAGGAGCGCGCGGCGGAGCGUUUGUUUGUCGGUAACAUGCCGCAGGAAUCCUGAAAGGAAACCUCGCCGUUUAGUCCGGAUUGUUUUUGUUCUCGUGGAUUAAACUUGUGUCCGGGAUGGGGAAGGAGCAGGAGCUGCUGGAGGCGGCGCGGACCGGGAAUGUAGGGCUGGUGGAGAAGCUGUUGAGUGGGAAGAAAGGAUUGCUGGGCUCGGGCUCCGGCUCCAUACCUCUGCCCGGGUUACUCAGUAUGUGGAGAGGCCUCAAUGUCAACUGUGUGGACGGAUCAGGAUACACACCUCUGCACCACGCAUCUCUGAACGGACACAGAGACGUGGUGUUGAAAUUGUUGCAGUUUGAAGCCUCUACUAAUGUGUCCGACAGUAAAGGCUGUUUUCCUUUGCAUCUGGCUGCGUGGAGAGGUGACGUGGACAUAGUCCAGAUACUGAUCCACCAUGGGCCGUCCCACAGCAGAGUUAAUGAGCAGAACCUUGAGAAGGAGACAGCCCUACACUGUGCAGCUCAGUACGGUCACUCCGAGGUGGUCCGUGUUUUGUUGCAGGAGCUGACAGACCCCAGCAUGAGGAACAGUCGAGGAGAAACGCCGCUGGACCUGGCCGCCCUCUACGGUCGCCUACAGGUGGUCCGCAUGCUACUGACGGCUCACCCUAAUCUAAUGAGCUGUAAUACACGGAAGCACACACCUCUACACCUGGCUGCCCGUAAUGGCCAUCAUGCUACAGUUCAAGUGCUUCUGGAGGCCGACAUGGACGUUAACACACAGACAGAGAAAGGAAGCGCUCUCCACGAAGCUGCCCUCUUUGGAAAGAUGGAUGUAGUUCAGCUAUUGCUUGACUCAGGGAUUGAUGCCAACAUCAGAGAUUGCCAAGGAAGAACAGCACUAGAUAUACUAAGAGAACAUCCUUCUCAGAAAUCACAACAAAUUGCUUCUCUCAUACACGAUUAUAUGAUGUCAGAUUGUGAUAGAGGGAAUUUUCACGAAGAUUUAGCACGACAACGACCAAUACCGACACCACGCACUUCAAUACCGUCUCCUGUGCCCUCACCGUCUCUACGGCAUAAAAACGAUGCAGUAACAGGGGAGUUGUCCAAGCUGCUGAAUGAAAUAAAGAUCUGCCGUGAUAAGGAUUGCUCCUUCGAGGAGCUUUGUCAGACCAUCUCUUCUCACUCUCAGUCCAUGGAGAGCUUCGGCAGCGGGCGACUGUCAGACGAGGAGCGCAACGGCACUCUAACCCGAGUAAACAAGCGUCCCACUCCACCGUUACCCCCAGCGAUGGAGGAGGAGGAAAAGAGCUGUGGACCCUCAGGCCUGUGGGAGGCGCUCACUCCCUGCAACGGCUGCAGAAACCUGGGCUUUUCUCAGGACAAGCGAUGUGGUGAAAUUGCCCAUUCUCCAUCACUGGAUGUGUUUUUACCAGAGGAUGAGGACAACCCUUACGAGUCAGUGGCUACAGCUGUCACACGCAAACCCUGCUCUCUGGAUAUCAACCUUCACAACGCCUGUCCUCGCAAUGGCCACUUCUCACAUGUGUCGGUCAGCGAUGCAGAGCGAGGUAACCAUGGAGACGACUCUACAGGCCUGACUCCUGACUGCUCGCCUCCUUCACCUGAUACAGCCCUCAGGAACAUCGAAAGAGUCAUUCGCCCGCAGCCAAAGCAACGUACAUCACUGUCCUCCUCCCAGGACGUCCAGAAGCCCCUGCAGAACCACAGCGGGGAUCCCUCGGAGGUCAGCUCAUCACUAGGAUACGCCAGCUUCAGCACCAGCCCCCCUGCCAGCCCCCCAAUCAGCCCUGCAAACUGCUCAACUGGGUCAGCUGAAGACUACGCCCUCACUGAUGAAGCAACGUACCAGAAGGAGUGCAUAGAGCGAGACGACCGGAGAAACAGCCACGUUCCUGAGCAGUUCGCUGGCCUUCUUCAUGGUUCAUCUCCUGCCUGUGAAUCCCCUGACAACCCUUACCAACUGUACGGAAAAGUGCGAAAGUUCAGCGUUCCUGAGCCUCCGCUCAGGCACGGGAAUUUCCUUCGAGCACCAGAGUACUCUCCUCCCUUCCCUCGCACUGGCAGCGAGGCGUCUGCCCUUAAAACCCAGAGAGAAGUCAAACCGCAGGUAGUCUACAGGACAAUUUUUCACACCAGGGUCAACCAGGGUCCUGUAACGUUUGGCGAACAGGGGGACAAGACCACAGUGGUGCAUGCAAGGAACGGGGAGGCCCGGAGCAACUGCACAGGUGGCUCUAACCCAGCAAACAGCAAUACAGGCUACGAAGAAAGAGCCUGCACUCUUGGGAGGAUGAGGUCUAUGCCAAAAAACGUUUUGGACCUUCAACUGUCCCGAAACUUCUCUAAAUCAGACUCUAACCUGGUGGCCGUGUCUCCCAUCGAAGAGGAGCAGUGGGGUUCCAGAGGGCAGAGCAGCCCUGGUAAAAGCAGCCCCAGCAGACUAGAGCGAACCCCCUCCUUUACCGCAGAGUGGGAAGAGAUUGACAAGAUUAUGAGCUCCAUAGGUGCUGGAAUUGGCACAGAGUUGGAGGGGAUUACAGAGGAUCACCCAGGCCCCCGUUGCCCCGUCCAGUCUGUGGGACAGUGGCUGGACAACAUUGGGCUGGUGCAGUAUGAAAACCACCUGCUGUCUAACGGCUUUGACAACGUUCAGUUUAUGGGCAGUAAUGUUGUGGAGGACCAGGACCUGCUAGAGAUUGGGAUUUUAAACUCUGCCCACAGACAGCGACUUCUUCAGGCUAUUCGCCUUUUGCCCAGGGUGCGGCCCAUUGGUUAUGAUGGAAAUAAUCCCACCUCAGUUGCUGAAUGGCUGGAAUCUCUGGAGUUGGGAGAUUACACCAAGUCUUUUCUCAUCAACGGUUACACGUCUAUGGAGCUGGUCAAGAAGAUCUGGGAGAUCGAGCUCAUCAACGUUCUUAAGAUUAAUUUGAUCGGCCACAGGAAAAGAAUACUAGCGUCACUCGGAGACCGACUGCACGAAGACCCUCCACAGAAGCCACCACGGGCCAUUUCUCUACGGGAGCCGACUGGGAACCACACUCCCCCUCAGCUGUCCCCGUCUCUGAGUCAGGCCUACCCCAACGCCGGCUCUCUGGACGUCCAGCACCUCAUCAUGCAGGCGGAUGCCAGACGCAGACGCAACGACAACUACUUUGAGGAUGUGCCGCGCUCUAAACUAGAGAGACAGAUGGCACAAGUCAGUAUGCAAGGUGAGUGGUGUGAGCCCAUCACGCUACGACCCCCAAAUGAGGCGACGUCAUCUACACCAGUGCAGUACUGGCAACACCAUCCAGAGAAACUCAUUUUCCAGUCCUGCGACUACGAAGCAUAUUAUCUGGGCUCGAUGUUGGUGAAGGAGCUCCGCGGUACAGAAUCCACACAUGAUGCCUGUGCAAAAAUGAGGAAGUCGACAGAACAGAUGAAGAAGAUCCCCACCAUAGUACUGUCCGUCUCCUAUAAGGGCGUCAAGUUCAUCGAUGCUACUAACAAGAACAUUAUCGCGGAGCAUGAGAUCAGGAAUAUCUCUUGUGCGGCGCAGGAUCCUGAAGAUUUGUCCACAUUUGCGUACAUCACCAAGGACCUGAAAUCCAGCCAUCAUUACUGCCAUGUGUUUACAGCCUUCGAUGUGAAUCUGGCCUAUGAGAUUAUCCUGACGUUAGGCCAGGCUUUUGAGGUGGCGUAUCAGCUGGCUCUGCAAGCCAGAAAGAGCGGCCACGGGUCUUCAACUCUGCCUGAGAGCUUUGACAGCAAACCCUCCAAACCUGUACCUAAACCACGCGGAAACAUACGCAAGUCUGUCACGUCCCCCUCUAGCCGCUGGUCCCUGGGGCAUAUUUUCACCCCGCACCGGCCUCCUCUUCAUCCUUCUCCUCUUCCUCCUACCUCACGACUCUUCCUCCAUCAUCCACACAAAGUUCAAUCGCAGAUGGAACAGCCCUCAAUGGAUCAAAAGGGCCACGCUAACGUCCCCUGGAUAGUCGAGCCAGGACAGGAAGCCAAAAGAGGAGCCAACACCAAGGCAAUGGCGGACGCCCAUGUCUAUUACAGUGGAAUUCAGAGAAUGUAGCCUGCCCCUAACAUGGACCCUCACUCUCACAUGCAUUGCAAAAAAGGACCGCAAAAUACGGAAGCUAAAAGCGUCACCGGAGCACAUGUGUAAGGAUUCGCACGAGGACUUUUUGGACUGGGACUUGGCGUACGCGUGCAAGGACUGCCGAUAUAUGGACCCGUGGCCUUUUAACGAAACACUCGCAUGCGCACACACACACAUACACACACUGCAUAUUAAAGAAAACAAAAAACAAAAGGAGGAGACUGUGGAUUUGAAUGUACACAAAAGGCAGCGAUUUGACUUUUGUUUCCGAAGGACGGCGGAAGAUAUUGGACUUUGUCGCACGAAAGACGGAUCCUUCUGCGACACGGACACACUACACUGACUUUUCACUAAAUAUCUAGUCCAAAUUACCAUGGCAUGUCUGGACUGGGUUUAAAAUGGACAUUUACAUCAAUUUCUGUAUUUUUUUUCUUUUCCGUUUACUUCUUUCUUUCUUUCUUCCUUUAUUUUCUUGGUUUGUUUGUGGUUAAAGAUGUAAAAAAAAAAAAAAAAGAAUAUGCACAAAUGUGAAUGGACUCAUUGCACUGGACAACCAUGAAAUGGACGCGUCUCGUGCCAAAAUCACUACGUUUGUUGACGCCAUGCAGAUUAAUAUUCAUAUUGGCAAGAAAUUUUAAUGUUUAAUAGAGAACUAUAUUACCAUUACUGUAAUAUUUACAAUUAUUCUAAUUAAUUAUUCUUAUUGUGCAAUUCUCGUCUGAUGUUGUCUUAAUGUUACAUUAUUUUUAUAUGAUGCGUCGAGCUUGAACGCGCAGCCAUCCGAUAAAACAAACAAACAAACAAAGAAAAAAGAUUAUUCCAGUACUACGGAGGAACUGAAUGUGCGGAUGGCUCCAAUUAAAUAUGAAAACAGAUAUCUUAUUUUCACUCAUUGUCACUGUAGAGUUUUGCCACAGUUCUGUAAAUAAAUAUUUUGUUGACUCAUUGUUCAUAUAUGUAAUUAAAAACAACAAAAAAACAACAACAUGUCUAAAGAAUGACAAAAAAGAAAAAGAAAAUCCAAUAAAUGAAAUUGGUAAACUAGGUACCAAAUUUGUCAAGUCAGAGUGCAACACAUUCAAAGGAAUCAUCGGUAUGAGCAACGGGUGGAUUUGUGACAUCAUUGCGGACUAACAUAUGUGUAGAUAGGCUUGGGCUUCCAGCACACAGAUUUUGUAAGUUUGGUCUUUUAUUUAUAUUCUUGCAAAGCACAUGGAAUAAAUCCAGAUUGUAGAACCAUU